GCGCGCGCGGGGCCGUGAGGCGGGGCCGCCAUGCGCGCGCUGCUGCUCGGGCCCUGGCUCCGCGCCGGGCGGGGCCUCCCGCGGCACCGGCACCGGCACCGGCACCGGCAGCACGGGCAGCACCCGCCGCAGGGACCGCUCCGGGAAACCCCCCAGAGCCCGCUCGGGACCUGCCGCUCCGCCCCCCGCGAGGCGGACAGCGGGCACGGGGUAAAACACCCGCAGAAAGUGUCGGUGGAAGUGCUGGACCACCUGGAGCACCUGGCCCUAGUGGAUUUCCGGGAUUCGGAGGGCGUGGAGCGGCUGCAGAAAGCGAUCCAGUUUGCAGAUCAGCUUCAUGAAGUAAACACCGAUGGCGUGGAACCCAUGGAUUCAGUGCUGGAGGACAGGUGUCUGUACCUCAGAGAAGAUGAUGUGACAGAAGGCAACUGCACCAAAGAACUGCUGGAAAAUGCCAGAGAGAAAGUGGAGGAAUAUUUUGUAGCUCCACCAGGUAACAUCCCUUUACCAAAGCUGGAAGAACGAGAGACUUUUCUGCAGGGCUCUCAGUGACAGCCCGGAGCCUAAAUGCCCUUUCAGUAUUUUAUUUGGGGAAGAUGAAGUUUUGUGCAGUCACAGCUGAAACACCCUGGCAUGUGUUUUGGUCAGAAGAAGAGCACUUGCAAGACAGAAGAAAGUGAGUGUAAAAGUUUAGUAGUGCUGCUGAAAUGUUCAGUGUCUCUGAAGCUGGACAGCAGCAUGGCAGAUGACCUGGGUGCUUUUAUUUGGCAAAGGGAAUUUGCUGUCUGGAGGUGAGAGCAAAACCUUGUCCCACUCUUAAUUGUGCAAUUACCUCAUUAUUUGUUUAGACAUCCAUAAUAUACUCACCUAGGAUCCAUAAAACAUGUAAUUACUAUGAUACUUGAAUUCUUUCAAGGGUAUUGAAAUAAAGCCUGUGUUUAACAUCACUAAUCCAAUCCUCUGCAGAGCUGUAAUACUGUGUUAUUGCUUUAAUCUCAGACUUGUCAAGAUCGAGACCCUGCAAAUGCUGAAGUUUUACAAACAUAGAAGCUCAGCCUGUAAGUAAUUUAAGAUGUGUAGAGAAAUCAUAACAAGGAAAGGCUUCAAGUAUCUAUCAAUAACUAUGAUUAACACCACAAUCAUCAUAUCAGGUAAUUCCCACUCUGAGAAGUCCCCCCUUGAUUUAUGCAUUUUGGCCUCUUCUUUUGACCAUCAGAGAGAACGGGGACAGUAUUAUUUACACAGAAAAAGAAAGAGGAAUUUGGGAGGGAGCUGAAUGGCUGCCAGAGCUUUUAACCCAAAAUAGCAUCAAGUAACUAUUUAAAGGCAACAACUAAACGAACAAUUUGGACAAGAUGAUCCCACAUUCCCAAUGCAGCACAGGCUAAACUUAAAACUGCCAGUUCAGUGCUGCUCCCACACACUCCAGUGGGAGAACAGACUGCCUGAUGCUUGUUCCCUGCAGCCCAAGCUGCAUUUAAAGGGGAAAACACACAUCUCCUUAAUGAAGGGGUUUGAUGCAACUUCACCACAAAUGAGGGAAUUACGACCUUGACUCAGACACCUGCAACCACCAAAAAGAAAAGCUCACAGAGGGCAGAUGAGCUGCCUGUGGGGCAUGUCAGUGCCUCAGUGGGUCUAACCUUGGUGGUGCUGAGCCCCCCUGGGCCCUGGCUGCACUUGGAGAGAGGGAGAGAGACCCCUCAUGUGCUGGUUCCCCUGCAUUGACUGCAGCACUCAGUAAAUGGAUCCAGUUUCUCUGGAGACCAUGGAGAUAACCCCACUUGGAGCUGCUGACAUUUUUCCACCACCGCAAAGCUGUUGAUACAAAAUUAGAUUGGAAGCACUUGCAUAUAAAUCCCAGGUUUACAAAGACAAUUUCAAUGUGUAGAUUUCUUCGCCUUUAUGAAAAGAAAAAGAAGAUGGAAGUUGUUUCAUUGCUAAUAAUGAUUAUUUCAUGUUUUGGUAUUAACUAGGAGCCCCAGGAAAAAACUCUGUUAGUACAGUGAUGGGUUGUGCAACAUAAAAACCACCUGGUGAAAAGUGCUUACAGCCUAAAGUGGGAGAGCAGUCUCAUGAGAUACCUUAGCAUUACCAGUUUCCUUCAGCACCUCCUCUACCCCAGCUGUCAUCUCCUGUGUUUAUUUGUUCUGCCUUUCCCCGCAGCUCUGUCCUGAGGGAAACUGUACUUUUAUACUCUUGAUUAACAAGUAGGACUCUGAUGUA